UAGAAGUUAACAUAAACCAAAUAAGUUUAAACAUGUAUGUAAAUCAUUAGUCAAAAUUACACCAAAUAAUUUAAUUAUUCCAUAUAUAACCAAACCCUACUUCCCAACUUUUUAAAGCCCCCUUGUCCUCAAACCCUUCCUAAUAAAGGCACACCCCUUAGCUUCAAUUCAUUACCACAUCUUCAUCUCUAGCCUCCUUCCAUUUUUAUUCUUCAUCUUCAAUUCAUUACCACAAAGUAACAGAAAAAAAAAAAAAAUGGGGAGAGGAAAGAUUGAGAUAAAAAGAAUAGAAAACCCAUCAAACAGGCAAGUAACUUACUCAAAGAGAAGACAUGGGAUUUUCAAGAAAGCUGAAGAAAUUUCUGUUCUUUGUGAUGCUAAGGUUUCUUUGGUUAUCAUUACUAACAAUAGCAAAGUGCAUGCUUAUCAUAGCCCUACUACCUCGGUGGAAGAUAUACUUGAACACUACCACAAAAUUUCUGGCAAGAGGCUUUGGGAUGCUAAACAUGAAAAUCUGAGCAACGAGAUAGAAAGGAUCAAGAAAGAGAAUGACAAUAUGCAGAUUGAACUCAGGCACUUGAAAGGAGAGGACAUUGCAGCAUUACCAUACACAGAAUUGCAGCAGCUAGAGGAUGCUCUUGAACAUGGUAUUUCUAGUGUACGCGACAAGGAGAUGGAAAUCUACGGGAAGCUCCAAAAGAAUGUAAGGAGGCUUGAGGAGGAGAGAAAGGAGCUCACUUAUUUAUGGCACUGUCAGCACAAGCAAGAAGUCAUGGAAGGAGAUAUGGGUGAAAUGGAGGGUGGUGUAUGCAUUAAUCCACAGGAUAGAGACUAUCGUUACCAGAUACCGCCUUUCGGACUAUCUAUGCAACCAAAUUUCCAUGAUAUAUUUGAUGUAAAAUGAACUUCAAUAGUUCAAUUGCUGCUGCUGUUACUUCUGUUAGUGAGUUCUUCAUAUCAAAAUUCUGGACUGGAUCGGAUCGGAUUGGAUAAUGUGACAAUUCCUAACAAAUGCUUCUAGAGCUAGCUAAUGCGUGUGUGAGUGUGUGUUUUGUGUAAUGUGUAAGGAUUGAUUUCCUUGAUCUUCCUAAUUCAGCAACUCUCUAUGCUAGUGUGCUGUUAUUUGUGUGAACUUUAUGCAUUGGUAGUAUAAUUUAACUUGAUAAUUCAAAAGCAA